AAUUAUUUUAUAUGAAUAUAUAGCGUUGAUAAUUUAUAAGUUAUGAAAUUUUAUUAUUACUAUAUUUGCAGAACUAUUAUGAUGUUUGAUAUACUUUUUAGGAUGUAGAAAAAAAAAUGUGGUGUACCUGGCCGAAAAUUAUUUUCGCUGAUAGAAUCCGGUCCCCAACCAUCUGGUGCAGGCCGAGGUAAUUGGAAGAACCUUGCUCCGAGCCAGGCUGACGAAGAUGCCUUUGAUUACGUCAAAUUUAGAAAUACGGCUAAGCCCAGCGGGUUCCGUCGCCAACAUGGUAAAAGGCGCUUUAGGUGGAGGGAUUCUAGGAGGACAUGUUGCUUAUAUGAAAGCUGGAAUUGCCGUGGCUUUGCCAUUUAACCUUAUAUUUGGAAUCUAUAUGACCUUCUGUUUGCAUAUUUUGGUGCUCUCAGCGCAAAUUCUCUACAGAAGAACUCGAGUCACAUUUAUGACCUACCCUGACGUAGGAGAAGCUGCUAUGGCGUGUUUCCCAAACCCCAAGGUGGCGAAAUAUUCAAAAAUUUUUAGGUAUACCAUAGAUAUAAUCAUAGGAAUUGAUUUAUAUGGAUCCUGUGCUUGCUAUCAGAUUAUUAUAGCGAAAUCUAUAAAACAGCUAGUGGAGAAUUUGGAUAAGGAUGCUCCAGAAGAUGCAGGUCGUGAUAUCAGGAUAUACUUAGCAAUCAUGAUGAUACCCGUGAUACUUGUUUGUUUGAUAAUACAUUUAAAAUAUUUGGCACCCCUCUCCAUAGUCGCAAAUCUCAUUAUUUGUGUUUGUAUUUUUCUGACUGUGUAUUACUCAAUGAUUAAUAACCCAACCUUUGGAGGCAUGAAGCUAUACACAGAGAUAUAUAAUUUCUUUGAGUUCACUGGUAUGAUUGUCUUUAGUAUGUCAUGUUCUGGUGUUGUAAUACCCAUAGAAAAUAAUAUGGAGAAGCCGAAAAACUUUCCAAAAGUAUUGUUAACUGGUAUGACUAUCAUCAUUGUAUUUACGUAUUUGGUAUCAUUUUUUGGAUACACUGGCUACUUGGAAAAGUGCGAGUCACCUAUCACUGUUAACUUUCCCAUGACUUUAUGGGCAAAGUUACUAAAAGGAGGUAUCGCCAUUAUGAUAUAUGUGACCCACGCUCUCAACUUCUGGGUACCCUUCAACCUUUGCUUCUACUAUAUCAAAUUCCUUCACGAUCAAAACAAACUCUUUAUGUGGGAAUUGAUAUACAGAGCAUUUUUCUGCUUCCUUGUUUCCAUUGUCGCUAUUAUAUUCCCUAACAUUAACGCUCUCAUGGGAUUCUUGGGUGCCUUUUGUUUAUCGAACAUGGCUUUUAUUUGGCCAAAUCUUAUCUACCUCAUGGUCAUAUGGCAGAGACCUGGUCUUGGUAAGUUCCGGUGGCGUCUAUGGCGCGCCGUCAUUCUCAUGGGUGUGGGAGUUUUCAUAUUAAUUUGCGGUACCAUCGUCAAUUUCACGGAACUGAUGUCGGUAUUCAAAUAGUAAUUGUGACUCUGACAAGUCACAGCGAGCGUGAAGCAACAAGUGCUAAUACUUUUUUACAGGUCUUUAUACACUGUAGCGAAAAUUAUUUUCUAUCAUUAUAUUAAAUCAAAAUGUUCGUGUCUAGGCUACAUACAUGUAUGUGUGAUAUUCAAAAUUAUCAUGUUGGAUUUUAUUUUGCUUUAAUAGUUGGAUAGAUAUAUAUAUUUUCUUUAUAGAUUUUUGAAACAUUUUUUUUUAACCUCUCAAAUUUGGAACUUGAUAAAAAUUGAGUUGGUAGUAUUGUGUGAUCGUAUACUUUUUAACGUUUUGUUAAUAUAAUAAUUGUUGGAAAUAAACGCUUUUUUUUAA